CAAAAAGAACCUUUGUGUGUGAGGCUCUUAUUGUGGAGGGUUUGACCCGGAAGCAGCUAGCAGCGGAGCCGCAGAGCAGCGGCCGUCCUCCGGAUUCCUCCCCCGCUCCCAGAGCCUUUCUCUCGGCGGUGACAGACAGCUCCUGUGGCUCCGCGCUGCCGGUGGCUCCAGGCGGUCCGGCCGGGAUCUGCGACCCAGUGGGAUGUUAGUGAGUCCGGGCUUCUCACACGGAGCUGCUCGGGGCUUUUCUGUACACAUCCGAGACAAGGAGCAUCUCCGCGGUUCUUCACCGCCAUCCUCAUCCUCCUCUUCGGCUGCAGAGGUGUGAAACGUCAUGACUGGAGCCGAGGCUGAGGAUGACAUUCCUCUGGGAGAGCGGAAAACCGUCACCGACUUCUGCUACCUGCUGGAUAAAUCCAAGCAGCUGUUCAAUGGGCUCAGGUACGUCCAGCAUCCCGGAUGUUUCUCCUCCUGCAGCCUCCGGACCUCAGAGACCAGCUACCUGAACGAAGCCUUCUCCUUCUACUCGGCCAUCCGCCAGCGCUCCUACUACUACCAGGUCAACAAGGAGGACAGGCCUGAACUGGUGGUGAAGAAGCUCCGCUACUACGCUCGCUACAUCGUCGUCUGUUUACUGCUCAACAAGAUGGACCUAGUCAAAGUUCUGGUGAAGGAGUUAUCGGAGGAGAUCGAAGACUACACCCAGCGCUUCAACACAGAGGACCAGCUGGAGUGGAACCUGGUUCUGCAGGAAGUGGCAGCUUUCAUUGAGGCCGACCCGGCCGUGGUUCUGAACGACAACAACUCGGUGCUGGUGACCAGCAACCGGCUGCAGGACGGCAGCGUUCCCCCGCUGGAGCAGGGCAUGGUGGUCGGCCAGCUGGUCCUCGCCGACGCCCUGAUCGUUGGCAACUGCAACAACCAGGUGAAGUUCAGUGAGUUGACCGUCGACAUGUUCCGGAUGCUCCAGGCUCUGGAGAGGGAACCAGUCAACCUGGCAACGCAGACGUCCAAACAGGCAACGCUGGAGCCCAGUGAGAAACCAGCCAAGAGGGAAAACCCCCAUAAAUACCUGCUGUACAAACCGACCUUCAGCCAGCUCUACACAUUCCUGUCGGCUUCCUUCAAGGAGCUUCCUGCCAACAGCGUCCUGCUGGUGUAUUUAUCAGCGACUGGAGUUUUCCCAGUGACACAUUUAGACUACGAAGGUCCGUAUGACUUCGGCGGCGUUCUGACCAACACCAACAGGGACGUGGUGAACGGGGAGACGGUCCAGAAGAGGAACCAGGCCCAGAAAGAGAUGCACUGCCUUCAUCCUGGAGAUCUGUUUCCUUUCACCCGGAAGCCGCUCUUCAUCAUCGUGGAUUCCUCAAACAGCACCGCCUAUAAGAACUUCUCCAACCUGUUCGGCCAGCCGCUGGUGUGUCUGCUCUCCCCGACCGUUUACCCAAAGAGCGUCCAGGAUCAGUCUCAGCGAGGCAGCCUCUUCACGCUCUUCCUGUACUCUCCUCUGCUGGGCUUCUCCUCCGUCUGCGGCCUGAGCAGCGUGCGGCGCGGCCUGUGGGAGCGCGCACAGGACUUCCUGCGGAAGGUGUUCCGGGACAUCGGCCAGAUGCUGACCCGAUCCCGGAGCAUCGAUCAGGCCUUCCUGCAGUUCUUUGGUGACGAGUUCCUGCGGCUGCUCCUGAUCCGGUUCGUGUUCUGCUCGGCGGCGCUGAGGCUACAUAAACUGUUCCGGGAAUCCCGGAGCUUCCCGGAGUCGUACCCUGAGCUGCCGAAGCAGGACACGGUGGAGAGCGGCCUGCUGCAGAAGCAGGUGCUGGAGCUGGCCGCCAUGUUGGACGUUCAGAGCUUAUUCUGGGACGAUUCGCUGGAGAGCUACUAGCGCCUCUGCACCGGACUCAACCAGAACCAGAACCAGAACCCGAAUCCUUCCUUUGUAGUCUGAAGGUAAUCGUUUGUUCGUCCCGUCCGUCACCCAGAUGUUUCCCCCGGGAGCAGGAGCGACGUUGCCGUUGGCCACCCAGGAAGAGUCGUCUCUACCCGACCCCGAGUCGUCACCUCACGACCCCGAGUCGUCACCUCACGACCCCAAGUCGUCACGAUAUGACCCCGAGUCGUCUCCUCACGACCCCAAGUGGUCACCAUAUGACCUGAGUCGUCUCCUCACGACCCCGAGUCGUCUCUACACGACCCCGAGUCGUCACCACACGACCCCGAGUCGUCACCACACGACCCCGAGUCGUCACCACACUACCCCGAGUCGUCUCCUCACGACCCCGAGUCGUCUCCUCACUACCCCGAGUCGUCUCCUCACGACCCCGAGUCGUCAUGACACGACCCCGAGUCGUCUCCUCAAGACCCCGAGUCGUCUCCUCACGACCCCGAGUCGUCACCACACGACCCCGAGUCGUCUCCUCACGACCCCGAGUCGUCAUGACACGACCCCGAGUCGUCUCCUCAAGGCCCCGAGUCGUCUCCUCACGACCCCGAGUCGUCUCCUCAAGACCCCGAGUCGUCUCCUCAAGACCCCGAGUCGUCUCCUCACGACCCCGAGUCGUCACCACACUACCCCGAGUCGUCUCUGCUGAGCCAGAUCAACACAAACAGUCACAGUGGGUUGUUUGUGAUACCUGGAGGUUUGUUUAUCAGCUGACGGGCCAAGAUGUGUUCAGGUUCACUCCGUUUAUUCCAGGUUUUUACCCAGAAGCCAGACCAUCUGGUUCCUCUGUGAGUCUUAGAGUUUCUCUUAUUGCUGUGAGUAAAAUCCAUGUCAUUAGUUCUUCUCUGCAGAGAUAAAAGCACAAAACCUUCACAGCGCCCUCUAGUGGGACGCAGCGCUCUGGCUACAAUAGGUGAAACAUUCAGAGUUUUAAUUCAAAGGUACAGAAACUCAGACAGAUUCAUCACACACUGAUGGGCUUCAAGAAUUUAUUUCCAUCCCUGUUACUGGUGCACACUUUUUCCUUCCACUCAACUUUCCUUUAUAUGUAAUUAGAGCCUCCUGGUGGACGGCGUCAGUAACCAGAACAUUCCAGUAAAAACCCGUCUGAUUGGCCUGA